GGCUCGCAGGCCCGGGGGCGGGGCGGUGAGACAGCCUGUUUGUGCCGCCGCUCGCCAUUGGCCGGACCCGCCGGCCUUCCUGCAAAGCGCGGCGGGGAUUGGCCACGGGGUGGUGGCCCUCGGGCGGGGGCAGCAUGGCGGGCGGCGGGAGCUGGCGGCCGCCGCGGUCGUGCGAGGACUACUGGUGGGAGUGGAAGCACUGCCGCGGGCUGCGCCACGCCUUCCACCACUACUACACGCACGGGGAGCUGCCGGCCUGCGGCCGCUGGCGAGAGGACUACGAGGCCUGUCGCGCCUGGGAGAGGGGCCGCGCCGCCGCCGCGCAGGUACCGCCGGGCCCCGCCUGCCCCUGCAGCCUCGGCAGCGAGCGGUUGGCGGACACGCAACGGGGAGGGGUUGGAAAACCGGGCGGCCACUUGGGGUGGAGGAAGCUUUGUGCAAGAGUGAAAGAGCUCGCGUUAUGGAGAAACAGAAAUACGCUCCAGUGUGGAAGCUCAGGAAGAGCCCACCACCAGACUGGUACCUUCCACUUGACGAAGACAAAUCAAAUUAGAAAGACUGUUUUGCUGUUUGGUCAGUAACGUAAUACAUGAUGCAGAACUA